GUCAGAUCUAAGUAUUCUAAAGUGUCGCAAGCUAAAAUGGCCAGUACAGAGCCCACCAAAAUAACAAGCAUUUUCCCGAAGCGUCGCCAGGAUAUGUGGCGGUGGGAUGGUUGGGGUUACAAGGAUUCGCAACUCGCCUAUCGGAACGGUACGGUUACGUUCGUCGGGGACCGAUAUCCCCUGGCCGGAAGGCUGGACAACUUUCGUGAUUGGGUGUUUGAUAUGUUCAAGAUUCACCCGUCCCAGACUAACGAAGCGGCCACACUUCCAACGGAGUUUCCAGAACCAAAGCGGAACGAAAAGUUUCUAGCUGCAUUGAAGGACUACGGAAUAGAUUUCUCAGAGGAUGGCAUGGACCGUAUCAUGAGAAGUCACGGUCAGACGUUGCAGGAUGUGCAAAAUAUGAGAGUUCACAAUUUCAAAAGACUUCCGGAUGUGGUUGUUUGGCCAGCCUGUCACGAACAGGUGGUGAGGCUCGUGAAGUUGGCGGAAGACCAUGACAUCGUCCUCAUUCCUGUUGGAGGAAACACCUCGGUUUCCCUCGCUUCAACAACACCACAAAUUUACGAUCGUACCAUUGCAGUGCUGGACAUGACGCAGAUGAAUCGCAUGCUGUGGAUUUCCAAGGAAAACAUGACAGCCUGUUUCGAGGUCGGCGUGAUCGGCCAGGACAUUGAGAGGGAAUUAAAUAAACACGGUUAUACUCUUGGUCAUGAGCCAGAUUCGCACGAGUUUUCCUCUCUUGGGGGGUGGAUCGCGACUCGUGCUUCCGGGAUGAAGAAGAAUCGUUACGGAAACAUCGAGGACAUUGUCAAACGUAUCAAAAUGGUUACGACUAAAGGUGUCUUGGAAAAACAGUUCACAGCACCAAGAUAUUCCAUCGGACCUGACUUCGACCAUGUGAUGUUUGGCUCGGAAGGAACUCUCGGGGUCAUCACGGAAGCAGUGGUUCAGAUUCGUCGUGUUCCGGAUGUACGCCACUAUGAGUCACUAGUGUUUCCCAAUUUCGAGUCUGGAGUUCGGUGCUUGCGAGAAGUAGCUGAGAAACGGCUUCAACCAACCAGUAUCCGACUGAUUGAUAACAUCCAGUUUAAAUGUGCUACUUUGCUCGAUCCAGCAGGAGGAGUUUUCACUGGCGUCAAAGAAUUUUUCAAAGAGUUUUACCUAUCGAAGUUGUGUGGAUUUGACAUUGAUCGUAUUGCAGCGGCAACGGUGAUGUUCGAGGGAGAUACCGAAUCUGUGGCCAUUCACGAAAAACAAAUAUUUGCAAUCGCUAAGAAACAUGGUGCCAUCAGAGGAGGGGAAAAGAAUGGCAAAAAAGGAUACCAACUAACGUUCGUAGUGGCUUACAUUCGGGAUUUUUGCUGGGACCUGAACAUCGUUGGAGAGUCGUUUGAGACAGCAGUUCCCUGGGACAAGUGUCUCACCUUGUACAACAACGUUCGGGCUUGCUUGAAACGGGAGUUGGCCAAACGUGGCAUUCAGUAUUACGCCAUUUCCGGUAGAGUCACGCAGAGCUACGAUUUGGGAUGCUGUGUGUACUUUUAUCUGCUGUUUAAACAUCUGGACGAUCCGGCCAUGUCGUUGAAAAUGUUCAUGGAAAUUGAAGACGCAGCGCGGGAUGAGAUACUGGCCUGUGGAGGAACUUUGAGCCAUCAUCAUGGAGUUGGCAAGCUAAGAAGCAAAUGGUAUCCGGCUGUGGUUUCCCAGGUUGGCGUUGGACUAUAUCGGGCAGUAAAGCAGGAGCUGGAUCCGAACAAUAUCUUCGCCGCUGGUAAUUUGUUAGGUGAAAAUCAGAAUGUCUCUAAAUUGUGAGGAGCAAACAGAGAAAAUUCGAUGUUUUUAGUUUUCAACUUUUGACCGAUGUUAUCUUUGUAAUUAUAAUCUGUCGAAAAGUGUGUGUUUUUAGUUUAAAUAU